UUGUUUACGUGAUAUAUUCCAGCGGCGUUGAUAUCUGGGACUUGAUAUUAUUUUGUUUUAACAACAUAACUUUGUAGUUUGUGGCAGGGGUGGUCUAAAAAUAACUGUUGUAUGUGGUUUAGAACUGUGUGCAUCAUAAAAAGUUCUCAUAAUAAAUACACUUCAAGUGUUUAAGAAGUUUAAACGCAUCAAGUUUAAAAUUGGCUAUCAAUUCUAAGAUUGUGCAAUUCUCCAUAAUCGCACCUGUGCGUAUUUCAAUCGAUGUCUCAGUCGAUAUCGAACUAUGAUUACGAAUGCACAAAAAAGUGUCAUUUACUUAGCCACGGAAAUGCAAUCACAGCAGCCCUCACGAAAAAAUCCAUAUCUGACGAGUUGCUUGCAGCAUUUAUUGCUAAAUCUUGCAGAAAUUUUGUGGAUAUUCUGGAUGAUCAGGGAAGAAGUGCUCUUCACUUAGCAGCGUCUGUUGGUCGCUAUGCAAUAGCGGAAUGGCUAAUAAAGAAUGGUGCCAAUAUAAGCCUGAAAGAUCGCGAAUCGGGACAUACAGCGUUACAUCGCGCAAUGUAUUACGGGUGUGUAGGAGUUGCUGUCUUGUUGCUAAAAUAUGGUGCCAACAUUGAUUCUCCGGAUGAAGAUUUUGUCAACCCACUGCAGUUAUGCUGUAAUAUCCCCAAACACAGAGAGAAUGGUAUCGGGCAUGAGUUAUUGGUUUGGGGUAAGAAUAAAAACUACAAUUUGGGCAUCGGUAACGUUGAGGGCAGAGACACUGCAGAUUACAUUGACUUUUUUCGUAAAAAUCGGAUAACGAUAGAAAAGAUUUCAAUUAAUUUAUAUCACAGCGUGUUUCUGUCGAAGUCGGGCGAUGUUUAUACUACAGGACAUGGCCGUGGAGGUCGGUUAGGAAACGGGACUGAAAAUACGGUCGUGUCCCCUGCAAAGGUAGUUAUUCAAACUAAGAAUGUCGAGGAACGUAUUAUCGAUGUUAGUACCGGAAAAUUCCACACACUUCUGCUAUCCAGUCAUAAUGUUAUUUACUCCUGCGGAGAGAACAAUUACUCGCAGUUGGGCAUAAAGCCACCUCCUGAAAAACAAUUAACCUUCCGGGAAAUAGGAGGUUUGCACAAUUUUGUUGAUAAAACAAUCAGUCGUAUAAUUGCAAAGGAUUUCCACUCCAUAGCUGUUUGCGAAGGAAAUGUGUACAUUUGGGGUUAUAACGGGGGACAGUUUGGUAUGAAGAAGGAAUACAAUCCUAUCGUGCUUCCCAGAGCAAUUUCUUUAGAACUGGAGCUGGGAAAAGACAAGCAAGGAACGACGAAUCAGACGUUUUCGGUGAAAAUAGUCGAAUCCAGCAAUGCAACCGUUGUAGUCUAUACCGAAUCGUGCUAUUUAUAUAUUUUUAAUAAUUUCAAAAGGCGUACAUACAAAAAUCCGUUGAUGGAAAAAUUUGAACAAAUUUCCGUUUCCGGCGGUGAGUUUGUGGCCAAAAAAGAUGAUACCCCCAAACAAACGAAACAGUUAAGGAUUGUAGCUCUUACUGCUGCCAGAAACAUUUACAUUUGGUACGAGGACAACCAACAGUUUGUUCGUUGUGUUUUUGCCCAGUCCCGAAAUUUGGAGAUAGAUAAAAUCGAGUGGUGCAACAAUCAUGCACUGGUUCUGCUAUUGGGCCAUCUGUAUCAGGGAAUAAUUACGCAUAAGCUGAACGCUCAGGCGGUCACCCAUACCAGUGAGUAUACGGAAACGUACACCAAAAACAAAAUGAGCAGCACCAGUAAAACCAGGAUCGAGCUGAGGCGAAUCAAGAAUCUGAACAAUGUUGUGGAUUUUGUUUGUGAUGACGACGGGGAAAACUUUGGUGUUUUGACGGAAAACUCGCGCCGCUACUUGAACAUCCCCGAUCUGGUUGAAGCCAAUUAUGACUUUGGAACUCUUCUGGCUGAGGCACACGACAUGGACGGAGUGCACGAUCUGAUUUUUGUGGUUGAAUAUCAAAAAUUCCCCGUGCAUCGUUUCAUCAUUUACCAUCGCAGCAGACAUUUACGGAAGUUGAUAGUCAAACGACCGGGAGAAUCCGAAAUUCAUCUCAACGGGUACGACGGUCUAGCUGCUCCAAUAUUUGAACUGAUACUGCGAUACAUUUACUGCAAUCAGAUGAUUUCUCGGCAUGAUGUAGUGAAACUUGUGAAACGUUUACAACCGAACUCGAAGGAUGAACGCGAAGGUUUGGACGAUAUGGUGACACGUCUCAGAAAGAUUUUCAAGCAGUUUGAAAUAGGUGCAUUGAACGAAUCUUUGAAAAUUCUUUCGGAUGAACCGUUAAUAGAGAGUUUUCCAAAACUGCCAAGAAACUCCUAUCCAGAGCUUAUGGAUGUCACAAUUUUGCUGCAAGAUAAUCAGGAAAUCAAAGCUCACAAAUGCGUGUUAAUUUCGCGCCUCGAGUACUUCAACAUGAUGUUUAGCAACACAUGGACGGAAAGUAACAAAGUGAAUUUAUCAACAAUCCCCUUGGAGUAUAUGGAUCCCAUAGUUGAGUUCCUAUACGAUAAUAACUACCAGCGAGUUCAGACGCAGAAGUAUUCGGAAAGCUUUCUUCUGAACAUGGUCAUUAUAUGUGAUCAAUUUUUUAUCGAAGAGUUGAAAAAUUUGUUCGAGGUGAUAAUCAGCGAUCGGAUGAAUUUGAAAAACGUUGGUGAACUGAUCGAGUUCGGUUUUCAGUACAACUGUGAGAUCCUCAAACAGCUUUGUAUGCAAUUUAUUAGUAUGAAUCUGGCUAAACUGCUGGAGCUCCGUUCCUUGGAUGGCAUAGAAUCACGUAUUCUAGAACAAAUUGACGUAUUUUAUAAAGAUUUUUAUGAAUUGAAAAAUUAUAGAAUGAUAACACCAUCGCCAGAUGCGCUUAGUGAUGACGACAUGGCAAAGUUUGUGGAUGGGUUUAGUGUAAAUUUGAGCGCUGGAAAUUGUGAACCGAUCUCUGGGAAAACCAAACUUUUGAAGGGAAAAGUUACUCCAAAAAGUACUAAAUUACAGCUUGAAAAACGAAACUACGAAAAAGAAGCAAUGGCAUACAUCCGGGAUCUGUCGUUCGAGGAGAUACCCGCUGUGAAAAACGAGAUUAAAAAGAACUGCGACGACAUUCGUGUUUCGAAAGUUGUUCCGGAAGUAGAACCAAAAAUAUGGCAGAAAGUGACGGAUCCAAGGAAAAAAACCAUCACAGCUGCCCUGAAAGCCAAUGAAAUAGUAAAACACGAAACCAAGGCAGAGGAAAAUUUUUCAAAUUUGAAAUCAAUCUUGGGAAAAACUUUUUCACCUGUCAAAGAAACGAUUUCGUCUCCGCCUGACAAGAAAGACGAUGGUUACGACUCAGGUUACAGUAGUAACCGGGCCACCAUGUUUAAUUUGAGUGACUUCACUUUACAGAAACCGAAGCUGUCACAAAAGCAGCGUAAAAGACUUUCUUCUACCUCUGAUAAACCUAAAGAAGUAAUACAAGUGUCAAGUACGGAAGGACAACCAGUGCCCUCUAAUCCCUGGACGAAUUUAAAAAACUCGGCGGCUGGGAUGUUGAAGUCCAGUCCUGUUCCUAUAGUACCGAGUACUAAUCGUAAAUUGACGGCCAGCAAGGAAAGUUAUGAACCUGAUUCGCCGUUAAAUGCUGUAGGAUCGCAAACCAUCGCCUACUCGCCGAAGGCUACUACCCCAAAGAUUUCAUCAACGGCAGUGCCGCCUGAUGAACAGUUCAGCAAAAUUCUCGCUGAUGAACGUCGGCAAAAGCAGUACUACGAAAAAAUCAAAUCCAAGUCACUGGUUCACACACAGAUUGAAGAAAGGGCGAUCGAAGAACUUCGACGAUUCUACAAUGUUGACAGUGUAUUCGAUGAAAACAUCACGGUGGAGCGGUAUCGGCCUCGGUCGGACGGUGCUAUCAAUUUUGCUGUUUGGCAAUACCAGUGAGCAAAACUAUGUUCAAAGUACUUGUUUUUGUUUUUUAAGUAUUGUGUUAAAUUACCUUAUUCAAAGGUAAGAGUUACGAAAACGCGGGAAUAAACCAUACAAUUUUAUUGAA